UACCAGUACACCCUCUCACGCAUACUGCGCGCGCGGCUGGAGUACCUGCGCGAGGCGUUCCAGAUCCGCGAGAACGACUACCUGGCGUUUGACGCGGUGCGGCAGGCGGCGCAGUGCGUGGGGCGCGUCAUACGCUCCAAGGCCGACUACGGGCUCAUGGUGUUUGCGGACAAGCGGUACCAGCGGCACGACAAGCGCGACAAGCUGCCGGCGUGGAUCACGCAGCACCUCAAGGACUCACACCUCAACCUGUCCACAGACAUGCUGCUGUGCAUCGCGCGCGACUUCAUGCGCGCCAUGGCCCAGCCG